AGAAGACUUUCUGUUUCUGUUUAAUCUUCGUGACAGUGCCCUGAUGAAACCUGAAGAUUGAAAAUCAGCCACGAUUUUGACAUUAUGUACAAAGGCAAGAUGACAGAUGAAUGCAUCACAAUAGAGUCGGCCCUCAGUGAGUUAGAUGAGGACACAGAAGAACUGUCAGCACCUGAGUUUACUUGUCACUGUUGCUAUGAAGUCCUUGUAGAUCCUACUACACUUAACUGUGGCCACAGUUUUUGUCGGCAUUGUCUGGCACAGUGGUUACAUUCUUCUCAACGGAACGAGUGUCCAGAAUGCAGAGAGAGAUGGCAGGGCUUUCCCAGGAUCAACAUCCUCCUACGGGAUGCAGUGGAGAAGAAGUAUCCCACUGAGAUAAAAAGAAGGAGGAGGGCUCUCCAGACUAACCCGAGGAUCCAUUAUUUCCUCCAAAUGUUCCAGCAGUAUGGAGAGAUGCUAACCCAACAAAUACCUGUAUCAGAAGGCCUACAGAAAGCUAUACAAAACAGCAUUUGUUUUGGAGUCAUGAUGGCUUUGGUCUGUAUGGGGGUUUUGUUGAUACAGUAUCACUGGAUCAGUGGUAAUUCUAAUUAUGACAUCUUGGUCCAGAAGCCAAUUAACAGUUGGAAACCCCAUGAUGUCAUUCUGUGGGUGGAGCAUCUCGGUCGCUGGACCAUUCAGUACAGAGAAAUGUUCCACAUUGCACAAAUUAAUGGCAGUUUGUUGGCUCAUCUCAGAGAUGAAGAACUGUCUGCUGCUCCAUUCAAGAUUAACAAUCCAUCACACAGACAGGUCAUACUGGAAGAAAUCCAGAAAAUCAAAGAACUCAAAGUCAAACUACCACAGAACAUCUGGGAGUACAAGGCUACAAAUUUAGGAAAAUCACUGUUUCUCCUGUUUGGUCUGAGAGAAUUUCCACGUCUCACUUUUCUCUACUUAUACCUGUUUGAUUAUGAAGACACAUUUCUACCCUUUAUACACACCAGUUUCCCUGCACAUAUGACCAACCCAACGCAGGAAAUCCCACCUGACAAAAUGCUGCAGGAUCCAAACCGGCUUCAGUGGGUGAAGUUUCGUGUGAAGGUUUGUCUGAUGCCCUAUCUACUGCUGAUUGACUUUGUGUGGCAAUGGUUGAGUAUUCAUUACUGGAUAUCAUGGAUUGUGAUUUGUAAUGCCAUGGUAAUGACAGUAAUGGAGUACUUUUAUGCCUGGACUCUGUGGAGAAGAAAACAGAUGAGUACUCUCCCUAAGAUGAUUUUGCAGAGGUUGUUUGAUAUGUUCUGCGUUGUCCUGCUGUGGCCUCUGAUCCCUCAGUUCAUCUGUGACUUUAAUUUCUACUGUGGACUCUUUUUCAGCUCAAUCAUUUAUAUCUCAUUUCGCAAACCAAUUUUUAAGCUGGCACAGCAAUAAAAAUCUAAACAUUUAUGAUGCAUUAGUUGCAGAUAUGCAUAAUCUUUUGUCACUUUUCAUUUCCCAUUUGAAUAAUAAUCUGUUUAAAUGCCAUAAAAGGUACAAGAUACUGGUAGUUUCUCUUGACAAUUUCAUAACACAGUAAUGUACUUUCAAUCAGUAACUUUGGUUUAAUGUGUA